GGCACAGGCACCCCAAACCCCCCCCCCAGUGUUGUAUCCUAUAGGAUACAUAGGGCGCGAUGCAGGAGAACUACGAGAACGUCAUUUCCUUGGCCGAGGAGAUCGCCAUCAGUUGGCCACGGAUCACGGCAUUCGCUGAAUCCCAUCGGAGACGAGGUUUGGUGUCGGGUGGAGAAGCCGAGGGGGAGCAGGGACAACCGGAACCCACCCAACUCCAGCCGUCGGGAAGCACUGGGGAUGGGGGGGUCAAUCCCGACCUCCGGCGCCAGCUGGGCCUGAUCCUGCAGACAGCCGGUAGGAGCCAGGUGGAGAAGAUGCUGCGGGAGCUGGUGCGGGAGCAGGGACAGGCCGGGAAGCGCCGGAGCCGGAAGAAGGCAUCCAAGGAUGGAGGCAGCGGCACCGAGGACCCCCCAUUGGAAGACACCAUCCGGCCCCGAAGCCAAGAGGAAGCCACGACCCCACCGGUGACAUUCCGGAGCGGUUGUUCCGCGUGCGGCACCCGCCUGCGUUCCCGGAGCCGCCACUGUUCCCAGUGCUCCGAUGGAAGGGACAAACCUCACCGGUGCGGGGACUGCGGCAAAGGCUUCAGCCGCGGUUCCAACCUGACCCAGCACCGGCGCAUCCAUACUGGAGAGCGGCCCCACCGGUGUGGGGACUGCGGUAAGGGCUUCAUCCAGCGCUCCGACCUGGAACGGCACCGGCGCAUCCAUACCGGAGAGCGGCCGUAUCCAUGUGGGGACUGUGGGAAGAGGUUCAGUGUCAGCUCCCACCUGGAUCGGCAUCGCCAGACCCACACCGGGGGUCCGGGGCCGCCGCGGGCUCGGAUGGUUCCGGAAGGAUCCUCGGCUCCUCCUCCCCAUCGGUGUCCGGAUUGUGGGAAGAGCUUUUCCCAACGUUCCGCCUUGGCCAAGCACCGCAAGACCCAUAGCGGGGACCGGCCCCACCGCUGUGGGGACUGUGGCAAGAGCUUCAGCCGCGGUUCCAACCUGACCCAACACCGGCGCAUCCAUACGGGUGAGAGGCCCUUUGCCUGCGGUGACUGUGGCAAAGGCUUCAUCCAGCGCUCUGACCUGGAACGGCACCAACGCAUCCAUACUGGAGAGCGGCCCUAUACGUGUCCGGAAUGUGGGAAGAGCUUCAGUGUCAGCUCCCACCUGGAUCGGCACCAGAAGAUCCAUGCGGCCGAGAGGGCUUCCUAUCGUUGUCCUGAGCAUCUUGACACCUUCUUGGCCGCCCAUCGCCACGGGCGCCUGUUCCAGUGCUCCCAGUGUGGGAGAUGCUUCGGGCAAGGGGCGGCACUGGUCAAGCACCAGCGGUCCCAUGGAGGACAGGCUUCCAAGUGUCCGGAUUGUGGGAAGAACCGCGCUGGGACGCUGGGAUUGAGGCCUCGUGCUCAGCAGUGCUUGGAUUGCGGGUUGGAAGCCGAUGGUGGUGGUGGUGGUGGUGAUUCGGUGCCGGUGCCGCCGGAGAAGCCCUAUAAGUGUGGGGAAUGUGGGAAGGGCUUUGGGCAACGCUCGGCGCUGGUCAAGCACCGCCGGAUCCAUACUGGGGAGAAGCCAUAUGCAUGUGGGGAUUGCGGCAAGGGCUUCAUCCAGAAGUCGGAUCUCACCAUCCAUCGCCGGAUGCACACGGGGGAGAAGCCCUACAAGUGUGGGGAGUGUGGCAAGUGCUUCAGCGUCUCCUCCAACCUCAUCACCCACCAACGGACCCACCUGGGCCAGAAGCCCUAUCAGUGCUCCGAGUGCGGCAAGAGCUUCAUCCAACGCUCCGAGCUCACCAUCCACCAGCGCGUCCACACCGGCGAGAAGCCCUACAAGUGUGGGGCGUGCGGGAAGUGCUUCAGCCGCAGCUCCCACCUCAACCGGCACCAACGCACCCACGCCGGGGACAAGGCCAAAGGCACCGACGCCAACGGCACCGGCUCCGGCGCCGCCUUCUCCGGCCCCUUCGGCCCCGUCCCGGCGCUGCCGCCGUUCCCUGGCGCGGUGCCGGGGCUGGAGCUGCCCUGGGCCCUGCCCUUCCCUGCCCGCGCCUUCCCCCAGCCCUGCUGCCCCCCGGCACCGGCCCCGGGGGCUCAGGCACUCAGCAACUGAGCCCCAUGGGCCCCAUGGGUGUGGGGUAUGGGG